UCACGCACACCACCACAAACGCAGCAUAACGCGUCGUUGGACGUCGGUGUUUGUGUCUACGUCACAUCGGUUUAAAUUAUGUUUUAAUUACCCAACUGCGACCGCAAAGGCAACUCGAUCGAAGCACAUUAUGCUCCCUCAAUUGCAUAACAGCACUUGCGCAUGAGUGUGUGUGUGUGUGGGGAACGCCAGAGGACCGAAACACACCACACCGAGAGGAGCAGAAAGGCGAAGGAAAAUAAGCCGACACCCCCGCAAUUGCAGAAAAACAGAGUUUUUGGCCAAAAAUGUCCGGCUGCUGACCAUCGUCGCGAUUAAGUAUCGCCAACAAACAGUAUUCGCGCGGACAAACGCCGCAUAACCGAAAGUCACCACUGCCCACUGGAAGUGGUGCGAGUACCGGCUAACCGACAGUGCCGCCCUGGAAGAUGGCCUUUUCGCCGCACUGCUGACCGGCCACACUGCAACAGCCACCCGAUUUAGUUGCUGUUUUUUUACAUAACUCGCCACAUUCGUUCGCCUCGGAAUCGUGAUAUAUAUACACAUAUAUAUGAUAAUACAGUAUAUAUUAUGGCCGUUUUCCUGAUCAACGUCUGCAAGUACAAUGGCUGCGGCAUCACAUUUCCGAGCUUGAGCGAUCUGAUUUCCCACAUCGAGGACACCCACAUAGACUAUGACCCCAAGGUGGUCGAACAGAAGGAGCAGGCCCAGCCUGCCUGCCUGCCCCUGAGCUACGUCCUGCGCUUCAUCACCGAGGAGACCCGCAAGGAGGCGGGCUCCUUCCUGGCCAGCAACAACACCGCCCCACCGACGACCAACAGCGGCUCCAAUGCCGCCGGCCACGGAAAUGGCAAUGUGGAGCUCAAGCGGAAGCUGGCCAUCAAGCACCACAGCUACAGUAUGUCCUCGUCCAACCGCAGCACCACGCCCACAGGCAGCGAAAUGGACGAGGACGAAAUGGUGGUCACGGAGUCGGAGGAUAGCAACGACUCCUGGACCACCGAGGAGUUCAGCUCCGAGUUUAUCAUGCGCUAUGGCAGCAGGCAUUCCGGUGGCGGAAACAACGGCACGCCCGGCAACGAGAAACCCUUCGCCUGCCCUGUUCCGGGAUGCAAAAAGCGUUACAAGAACGUCAACGGCAUCAAGUACCAUUCAAAGAAUGGCCACAAAAAGGAUGGAAGAGUUCGCAAGGGCUACAAGUGUCACUGCGGCAAGAGCUACAAGACGGCCCAGGGCCUGAAGAACCACGCUCUGCACACCCACAACUCGCAGCCGGACAGCGUGUUGAACGCCCAGCUGGCCAACGCGUUGGCCAUUGGCGACGGCGCCAGUGCGUCGGCCACGCCCGUGGGCAGCAGCAACACCUCCUCCAAUCCGAACCCGCCGCCCGUCAUCCAGCGCAGCAACUCUCCGUCGCAAUCGCUGGGCUCCCUGAGUCCUUCGAGCAUCAGCAACAUGUCGAGCAGCGCCAGCAGUUGUCACGGAGGCAGCAGCAGCCUGUCCAAUGGGAAUAACAAUGGCAAUAAUGGGGGCAACACAACCAGCAACACUGCCAUUCUCACUGGCAACGGGAAUGUCCUGCAGCAGCUCAGCGCCGGGAAUGUGGUCACCCUGACCAAUCUUCCCACCCAGCAACAGCAGCAGCAGCAGCAACAACAGCAGCAGCAACUCCAUCAGAACACUGCAACAGAAACCUCUUACUCCUGCUCAAACAACAGCAACCUCAGCAAUCCGAACAGCAACCACAGCAGCAGCGACUCCAGCAAGCCGCCGGCGACGGUCCUGUCCGUGAACAAGAGGUCCACAGCAAUCGCCCCGGCGAAGCCAGCCACCACCGGCAACUCCCUGCCCAUGCAGAUCUCGCCCAACUUCAUUGAGCACAAGUACUCGGCACUGGCCAUGAAGGAGAAGUUCUUCCUGAACCUGAGGGCCGGCAAAACGGUGUCCAGUUCAUCGGGCGGCGACGGAGGAGUGGCCACAGCCCUGGGACACCAAUCCGAGGUGGGCCUUUCCGGCGGAUCUGGAGGAGGCGGUGGCUUGCGGGCGGUUGCUGUGGGCCAAAUGUGCGCGCUGCAAAACGAGCACAUACACCAAAAUCUCUACAAGAAAACGAUCAACUGAUCGGCAGAUCGGAUGAGAUGUGCAACCGGGAGAGGCGGAAACGCUGGGCGCCGCUGAGAAGCAAGAGAGUUGGCUGUGAUGAAGUAGUAACUAACUGACUAACAAAACCGGACGAGAGGCGGAGAAAGAGGAUUCGUCAAUAAGGCAGAUAUGGGGAAAGGAUGCAGAAGCUGCAGCAAUUAAAGGAGGAGGGAACCAAGAAGUGAGGCGGUUGGGCGCCGCGCUAAGAUCCUUAGAGAAGUUUUCCAAGACAAGGCAACCAGAAGCAAGAAUUUCCAUUGGCUUCCAAAUGCAAUAACACAGAAUGCAAAAAACAAAUUCCAUGCAUUUCGCAAUUAUGAAAAAAAUCACCCACAAAGAAAAAACAUUAAAACUAAUCUCAACCAUAUAAAGCAGGCCUGCUUAGAAAAGCUUCUCUAAAACAGCUUUAGAUAAUUUUUAAAUUAGAAGCAAAAACAAAACAAAAAAAUUCUAAAAAAAAGGAUUAAUUAUACACGACAUAAAAUUUUAGUAAAUACAUUUGGAGAAUUUUCUUCAACUAGUCAUUAUUGUAGUUAAAUUAAAUUUUUGAUUUUAUACACGCAUAAAAAACGAAAACUUUGUAACCGACUGGUUGGUGGAAUCCCCGAACCCUAUAUUUAUAACUUUAGAAACUACUCUCCCCCUGUACAAUUUCAAUGAAAUCUUACUAAAGGGGGUUCCCCCAACCAGUCGAUUAAAUAAUUUUAAUUCAAAAGUCAUAAAUUGUCUAAAAGAGAUCCACAGUUGAAGGAGGGAAUGGAGCAGGGAAACGGAAAACGUUUUCGUGUGAACCAUUUGAGUUAGGAAAAUUAUAGGUCGCGAACUUGCCAAGGCAACUUCUAGCGAGCCGAUUGAAAAAACGGAGAAGCAACAAUUUAUAAAUGUCGAAUAUUUCAAACAUAAACUAGUUAGCUACAAAUUUAGGGGAAGCCAGGAGGCGUUUCCACUUAGGAGCCACAAUAACUCUACAGUAGUUAUAGUAUUAUAAUUAUAAAUUACGCUAUUAUUUAUACAACAGAGCAUACGUCUGUAGCUGUGUGAGUGUGUCCGUGCAUGUAUUGUAAUUGUUUAUUUAUAGUGUUCGAACGUCCCUAAGUGUAAAGUCCCCAACAAAACAAAUACAAAAUAUACGAUAUGAAUACGAAAAUAUAUUUGUGCAUACUCUCGACGAUUGUAUUUCAUUGCAUGCCUCUAAAUUCGAUCGAACUUCCUAUCCUAGCAGAAUCGGGUUCCUUAAGCAUUCAAACAGAACAAAAACAAAUGAAAUUUUUAACACGAUAUUUACAUCAAGUAUACCUACAUCAAUUUAGUCAGCCGCCAAAACAAAACGAAUCGAAACAAAACAAAAAAACAAAACAAAACUUUUUCAGAGCGCAUUUCGCAGACGCCCAGCGUCUUAAAAAUUAAUCACAACUAAACUAAAUAGUUCAGCGUCCCUAAUAGAUAUAACACUUAGCUAUCGAUGCAUACUUACAUCUAAAUACAAUAUCUUUAAGACCUCACGCUUAAGCGACUCCAGACGGAUCGCCCUAGUUUAGCCAAACAACUUUUAUAUAGACGGAAACCGUCUUCGGUCCUCCGAAGCCCCAGCGAGUUUUCAGGCAGCGGAUAUUUUCCCAGUAUCCCUAUCUGCUCACUCGCAUUCAAACUUUCAAAAUGGAUAAUGAACUCAAAACCCUCUAAUGAAAACAAUAAAUUGAGUAUGUCAUUUUAAA